AUGGCAACAAUGACCACCAAGCCAAGAAUGGAGAAGAUGACGAGAAUGUUCCGUGUGGACUCAUGGUCAAAGUCACGUAAGGAGAAAAAGAACAAAAAAAAGAUGUCAGAAACCAACACACAAGUCGCUAAUGCAGGGGGUGGGAGUGGGGGUAUUGAUACCCCGCCUGAUUAUGCGGAUCACACUUGGUCCGAUUCAACAACCGUUAAUAUUGCUUCUUUGGCUCUUUCUCCUCCACCAUCUCCACCACAGAGGGGAGAUUUUAGCGAUGAGGAAGAGGGGGGGAUGAUGGGUGAAGAUGGAACACUUGACGGAUAUUUCCCACCAGACCCAACCAUGCAAUUCCAAGAAGAACCCUCUCAGAUAUUUCGGAGAGGUGUUGAAAAGAACAUCCAACAGAUUGUCGAGGGACCAGAAGCUCCAGCACCACCACAACGUUCGUGGUCCAAGGAGAUUCACGAGGUUCACGAGACUGAAUUGAAUAUGAAUCGAAUUGAACAUGUGGAGUCAACUAUGAGCGAGAAAUCCAAAAGGAGAGCCUUUUGGAAGGGAAAGGGGAAAGAUAAGGGGGAGGUAGUGUCGAACACCGAUGAGAGUUCGCCUACUGAGUCGAUGGAAUUUGGAAAGGGAAAGAGGAAGGAUGCUCAGUUUCCAUGGGGACGGUGGCCAAUGAAUGGAAAGGAGAGGGAAACUGGGGAAGAGAAGGGCUGGAAGAGUUUUAGCGAUGCGAAAAAGACAGAAGAGGGGGAAAAUGAAGAGAAGGAUGGGAAGAGGCGGUGGACAAUUGAUAGAAUGCCACCUUUCAAGAAAGCUCCCGUUGUGGAGACACCUCCUGAAGAAGCUGCUGUUCAUGUCAUGGAAGCGAUAGAAGUUGAAAGCGAGUCGGAACGACUGGAGAGGGAACAUUUGGAGAGGGAGCAAAGUAAGAUAGAACGAAGGGCGAAGUACCCUGAUGCUGUGAUUGAAGAUUUCAAAGAGGAAUUCCGCGUCCAAGGCAGUGAUGUGUCAAACAUGAUGAAUGGUUUUGUGGCGGCCGAUCGCUAUGCGAAGGCCCGGGCCGCCAGAGAAAAUGCAGCUUGGAAGGCCAGACGUUGA